GUCAGCUGGCCUGGGAACGCCUCUGGGCCCCCCAGAGGAGCUGGAGGAGGUGGGCGGGACGGGGACCCCGUCCCGUCCAGAACUUAUUUUAAAUGUUAUAAUUAUUCUGGGUAGAUUCUGUUUACACAAAUGUUGAUCCCGUGAAAUUAAUCCAUAUUUUUCACAUUUCAUAAAGAAAUUUUCUUUAAUUAUUCAUCCAAUAACUUCAUAGACUUGCAGUGAAACUACCAUAUGUAAUAUACAGCUUAUUAAGUUAUCAAAAUGAGAAUUAUAACGCCGCUUUUACAUUUAAGUUUUUAUUUUUGUGUUAUUUUAAGUUAUUUUACUUAAUGUUAUUAUUGUUGUUUACUUGUUUCUGUUCCGGUUCUAAUUGUAAUUUGAUAAACAUUUUAUACAAAAGCCACAAAGAAUGAAAACAUCAAGUUUGUCUCCAAUAAAAAAAUAAAACUGACUCAGUUUCCCACAAUGCACCGCACUGUUGUCUUCUGGCCCAUCAUCCAACAUGGCAGCCGACGGUUGCGUCUUCCACAGAAUCCUGUCCCGGUCCCGGUCCAGCUCCGGGUCCGGUUCCGGUCCGAGCCAGGUCAGAGAUGUUAGUCCGGAAACGAGCCGUGAGUGUUAGUGACGCAGGUUCUGCGGGGUUCUGAGGAGUCCAGCGGGGUUCUGCCGCGGCGCGGGCUUACGCGCACGCGCCCCCGCUCGCGCCGUUCAGAACCUGGAUCUGUUUAAAGACUUGGACUUUCUGGUCAGUGUUCUUAGCGGUACUGAUCAGGGUCAGGUUUUUACGCCCAUCCUGUCCUCAGCAGACCGGUUCUGGUCCGUAUCCCGGUCCAGUUUAGGGCUGAGGUGACUGUGCGGGUUCUUCUCAGGUCUCCUUCAUGAUGUGGUUCUGCAGCUCAUGCGUAGUCACGCCCGCUGUGUUUGGCAGAAAGAGUUCCGCCGGAAGCGCUGCUCAGCGCGCGUGCCUAGAUCUGGAGGAACAUCUGCGUUCCUGCAGGAACCUGGGCUUGUCUCGGUUCUGGUCCUGAAGGACUCCCCGGUCCCGUUUCCCGGGCUCCGUCCUCACUUCGCCCUUCUUCUUGUCUCGCAGGCUGCAGUGCUCUGCAGGGAGCAGCUGCUGGUUCUGCAGCUCAGGCGCUACGUUCGAGACCAGGGGUCCACCGUCUACUUCCCCCAGAGCGUCCUCAGCGGAGAUGACCUGUACGACGUGACCCUGACGGACGGGGACUGCAGGCUGCGGGUCACUCUGGACCCGGGUCUGAACCAGCAGGUGGAGAGGCGGGUUCUGCGGGCGGGAUCCACACUUGGUCAGGCCUCCUUCAGCCCCACGUUCAGCGAUCAGGUCCCAGGAUGCCCCCGUGAAGUCAGCUAUAGGCUCGUUAACAUGGUGGUCCGAGAUGAGGAGGAGGAUGGUGAAGAUGCAGGAUUUGGGAGGCUGGACUUGGACUCUCUGCCCUGGUUUGGAUCAUCAGAACUAGCAGGUCCAGAAGUUCCUCUGAGAGCUAGCAGGAGCGUCUUCCUCCCUCUGUGGAACAACGUGGACUACAGUGGCGAUGCAUGGAGAGAGGCUCCGCCCCCUGAGGAGAGUGAUGAAGAGGAGGAAGGACUCCGCCCGGCUGUGUCCGUGUCCAAACUGCGGGACUGCUUCCUGUCUGGCCGAAGGGGCAGGGCCAGAGGUCAGCUGAUCGUACGCAUCAUGAACAAGUCGCAGCUCAUGUAUUUUGGAAGAGCAGACGAGAACUGUGAGUGUCCUUAUAAGGCGGUUCUGGAGGUGUGCGACCGCACAGGCAGUACAUGUGUGGUGCUGUGGAACAGCAUGUGCGUCAGCUGGUACCGGUGUCUCAAGCCCGGUGACAUCAUCAGCCUGAGGCAGUACCGGGUCAAGCAGCGGUACCUGGGGGAGGCGGGCGACAUCGAGAUCAGCGUGAACAGCAGGAACCCGGCGGCACACCUGUCCCUCCUCUCAGAAUCUCGGGUCUCGCCGGAGUACACCCCCCCUGAGCCCUCGUACACAUUCUGCCACAGUCAGGAGCUUCUGGACCGCCCUCAUGGCACCACCUGUGAUGUCAUAGGCCUGCUGAUGUUUGCGGGGCGAUCUGAGCGAGUCAGGAGUAGAGACGGCAAAGGGGCAGAACUUUUGGAGUACCGCUGGCUCCAGUUAGAGGACGACAGCGGCACUCAGCCAAUCACGGUGAAGCUGUUCUCCACAUCGCAGCCGGAGGCGCACCGGAGGCUCCACCCACUGUCUGUGGUCGUCUGCACCCGACUGAGGCUGAUCCGGUCGGAUCAAAGCAGUUUCUAUCUGACCAACACCACUUUCACGCAGGUCUACUGCACAGGACUGGACCAGCACUCCCAGAUGAGCUACCGGAAGCUGCCGCGGGUCCAACUCUUCCUGCAGUGGCUCCGGAGCCAGGAUGACGGACAGGUGCUGAGCAGGGCUCUGAUUGGAGGCUUCUUCAUCCACCCGCCCCUUCCCGUCUCCCUGGAAACCUUCAUGAAGGAGAGGAAAGGUGAGCUGAGUUUCCUGCGAGGGGCGGAGCUUCAGAGAGAGCUGCAGAGUCUCUGUUUCCGGGAGCGCCGCUCCUUCUUUGUCCAGGCAACUGUUACCAUGGUGACCUACAGCCUCAGAGGGGCGGAGGACCGCUGUAUGUUCUGGAUGGAAAGAUCUUCAUCCUCCUCUUCGUCUCCUCAGCUCCCCCUCUCCUCCUCCCCCCUCCUCUAUCUCUCCCCCACCCCCCCUUCCGUCAGGCGCUCCCCCUCCUCCCCCUCUUCCUCUGCUCGCUCCUCAGUUGUCGGUCUGUCCACGCCGCAUCGGAAUGGCGGUUCACGGAAGUGGAGUAAGAGGAAGCUGAUGCUGGCAGAGACGCCGAAGAAAAGGCUGCCGUGGGCCACCCCAGAACCAGAACACAACACGACGGUGAUCCUGUUCCAGGCGUCCAUGGAGUUCCUGGAGAACCCUGAAGAGGAAGAGGAGCAGCAGGAGGAAGACGUCUCCUCCUUCACCACCGCCCCCCUCCCACCUGCAUUCCAGCCUGUCGCCAUGGAGACACUUCCCAUGCGCUUUGACCACGCCCACAGGGAGGAGCAGGCAGCUGUAGUCACCAUGGAGGGCGGGGCUACAGCCAGAAUGUUUAACUCCGCCCCCGAGGACUACUACACCCUCAAACUCAGAGUUCUGUCAGACGGCCUCCAGGUCGACGCCGUCUUCCUUCCUCACUCCUCUUCCUCCUCGGUCUCCUCCCUCCGAGGUCACUCCAACACCUGGACCUCCAUCUUGUCCCACGGAGCCUUCUCGUCCCACGGGCCCCCUCCAUCACCGGCUGAUCUCAUCGCCACGGCAGACAAGUUGACCAAUCAGAGGCUAGUUUGUGUCUUGGAGGCGUGUCAUCUGGGCGGAGCCAGGACUGAGCUGGUUCUGACCCGAGCUUUCCACCUGACUGACUGAAAAUAUCCGACCAAUAAAUUAUUUCCAUGUUUGUAUGUUCCCCA